AUGGCGGGUUUCUUGACAAUUUUCUGGGACCAGCCUUCUCGUGUCCUGGUGAUUUCAUUGGGGACGGCUUUCCUCUGGCAACUUCUCCUCGCCGGCUACAAUCUCUUCCUUCACCCUUUACGAAGGUUUCCUGGACCAAUCCUUCAACGUGCUUCUCCCCUUUUCUGGGCCUGGCAGCAUGCCUUUGGAUACCAGGCGUUCCGCACGCAGCGUCUCCAUGAGCGAUACGGCUCCGUUGUGCGCAUUGGCCCAAAACAUCUUUCCUUCACCAACGCCAAUGCCUGGAAGGAUAUAUACAGUUUUCAAAGCGGCAAAGAGCUCGAGGGCAAUGAGAUACCCAAGGCACGUUUGUUUUCCAAGAUAAUUGAUGACCUUCCAGCAAGCAUCACGAAUGCCGACCGUGAAGAGCAUCAGCGUUUCCGGCGUGCGCUGUCUCACGGAUUCUCCGACAGCUCUCUUCGGGCGCAGGAGGGCAUCGUUGUCAAAUACGUUGACAAACUGAUUUCCGGAUUACACGAAAACUCUGCUCAGCAGAAUUCCGAACUAAACAUUGAAGCCUGGUACAACUGGACGACUUUUGAUAUCACUGGCGAUCUCAUUUUUGGACAGUCAUUCAACUGUUUAGAACACUCCGACUAUCACCCGUACAUUGCUUUUGCCUUACAGACCAUCCGCUACAGUGCUUGCAUGACGGCCUUGAAGUACAUCGGACUCAACUACGUCGUUCGAUGCCUGUUCAAAAUUGGUGGCCUUGCUAAUAUGAUGAAGCUGCGCGAGGGCACAGAUAAAAUGAUGCAUACAAGGCUAAACAUGGGUCUUUCUUUUGGGCAACUAACAGCUAACGCUCUCAUUUUGGUUUUCGCGGGUUCUGAAACGACGGCAACCACACUCGCAGGCGCCACGUAUCUACUUGGAAGUAAUCCAAAGGUGCUUCAGAAACUGACUGAAGAGGUCCGCUCGACCUUCUCCAACUCAAGCGAAAUCACCAUCGGCUCCGUAAGCAAACUGACGUACUUGCUUGCCGUCCUGAACGAAGCCUUGAGAUUGUACCCACCUAUAACGUCCGGACUUAUUCGGGAAAUACCGGAGGAUGGGUGCCAAAUCGCGUCAGAGCAUGUUCCCAGAGGAACGUUUGUUGAAGUCCAACCGUGGUCAGUAAACCAUAGCCCAGACAAUUGGACCAGGCCUUGGGAGUUUCGGCCGGAACGCUUUCUGGAGGGCGGCAAAACGGAACACAACCGACUAGAAGCAUCACAAGCGUUCAGCGUCGGUCCUCGUAAUUGUAUUGGGAAGAACUUGGCUUAUGCAGAGAUGAGACUGAUCUUAGCCCGGAUUAUUUACGACUUCGAUAUCGAGCUUACUGAGGGGACUGGUCCAUGGAUUGAGAGACAACGAGCUUUCGGCGUGUGGGACAGAAUCCCACUCAACGUGCACCUAAAGCCAGUUUCUCGUGGAGUCAGCAAGUGA